UGCCAUUCACUAACAAUGAAGAUGAUGCUAUCAUCAGCAAUAAUAACUACCCUUUUGUUGAUGACUUCAACAAUAAAAAUGGUUGAUUGUCAGACUCAGAAUAGCAUAGCAUGCACAAUCUCCAUGAUGAGCAGCAUCACCCCAUGCGCCAACUUCAUCACCGGAAGCGGCAACAACAACGGCGGUGUGACGCCGCCAUCAAGCACGUGCUGCGAUUCAUUGCGCGCUCUGAUGAGUUCAAGCAUGGAUUGUGCUUGCAAGGUUUUAUCUGCAAAUGCUCCAAAUCUGCAACUUCCUAUCACACAAGCUGUUGCCAUCUCCCUUGCAACCGCAUGUAACAUUAAUGGACUCUCUGCACACUGUAAAGGAGAGGUGGUGGAAGCAGAAUCGCGGGCAAAAACACCGUGAAUUACUAGACCGGUAGCGAUGACUCAUCUUCCAUGGCACGUUUAUCAUGAUCCUCUGUUUUCCACAUUUAUCUAAGAAUGUACGACGAACAUUAUCAUGAUUUGUGACUUUAAUUGCAUUAUUACGUGACCAUCUUAUUA